UUCUCAGGUUGCGCCAAGUUCGCGACUUACGUAACUGUCGCAUAUGUAACUGUUGGUGUCGGUUUAAAAAUUUUUAGCUUUACCUCAAUCAAUGAGUGAAUAUAUUCGAAGUCCUCUGAUAAGAUUAAUGUAUGAAAAGUUGGAUCAUCAAAAUAAACAUUCGAACUCAAAUCAUGACCAUUGGUAUGAUUAUCGCGCUGAAUAUGUAGAUUUUGAACUUCGGGAUAAGUUUAUUAAAUCAAAACAAGAUGAAGAAACUUGCGAAUUUUUAAACAAUUGCUAUGUCAAAUCUGACUGGUUAUUUACACACUUUUACCAUGCUAUUGCUAAAGCUGUUUUAACUUGGUUCAUGACUUCAACUUCUAUAAAUGGUUUAGUUGGUCGUGGUUCUAUGUUUGUUUUCUCAUCAGCACAAUUUCUUCGCUUACUUGAUGUUAACGAUAGCUUCAAGUCGAAUUCUUUACUCGACUUAGGUGCCGGGGACGGCAAUGUGACAUUGAAAAUGGCUCCUUACUUUAAAGAUGUAUUCGUCACAGAAAUUUCUCCAGUUAUGCGUUGGCGUUUAAGUAAACAUGGCUUUACAAUAUUAGACGUUGAUUCUUGGGAAUUAAUGAGCAAAGAAUUGAAUACACCCAAAGUUCCAUCUCACUUUGAUGUUAUUAGUUGUUUAAAUUUGUUAGAUCGUUGUACAGCUCCAAUUACCUUAUUGAAACGAAUUAGUCAAGCUUUGAAACCUACGACGGGAAUUUUAAUUCUUGGAAUAGUUUUACCAUUGAAACAAUAUGUUGAAACGGCUCAUGAUCAACGUCCUAUUGAAGUACUUGAAAUAAUUGAUAGUCAAUUAUGGGAAAUACAAUUAUCUAGUUUAAUUAAUAAUAUUCUUAUACCAGCUAAUUAUCAUGUUUUACGUUGGACACGUUUACCAUAUUUAUGUGAAGGUGAUUUUUCUAAAUCAUUCUAUUAUUUAAAUGAAAUUAUACUUGUUUUACAAUAUUCAAUAUCUAAUAAUUUAAAUAAAUAAAAGGGUUGAUGGUUUCAUAAUCUUUUUAUUAUUAUAUUAAAUUGAAAAUUUUCUAGUUUGGUUGUGUAUUACGUGUGGCUUAUUUAUUGAUUAGUUGAUUGAUUGAUUUUUCAACCGAUUCUUUUAUUGAUACUUUUAUCAAUCUACUGAUUAUUUGUUAAUUUUUAUUGUUGAUGAAAAUUUCAAAUGUACAUGAUUACCAUUAUUAUUAUUGGUGUUUUGCAAGUACUUCCAUUAUUUAUUUUGAAAUAAAUACUUCUAAUUUCAAUACAAUCAAGGAGUUUAUUAUCUUUUUAAUUA